CCUGCACGCCCGGCCCGCGCCCGGCCCGCUCCCCGCUCGGAGGGCCGGGGCCACCUGCGCCACGCCCCUGGGCCGCGCCCGAGCCGGGAAGCGGGGAGCGCGCCUCCGCCUGGGGAGGGGCGAGUCCGGUGCCGGCGCGGGCCUGUCCCUGAACCGGAAUCCGCCGCGCUGGGCAUGCGGCUGCGCUGAGAGCCUGAGCUCGCGGACCGAGAGCCCGGCGCUCCCCGAGGUUCUGGCCUGGCUGUGCGAGGAGGUGGACGGGCAGCGGGCACCAUGACCAACCCGGCGACCGCGCAGAACAAGGAAAUAGACUGCCUGAGUCCAGAAGCUCAGAGACUGGCGGAGGCCAGGCUGGCGGCGAAGCGCGCGGCCCGCGCCGAGGCCCGCGAGAUCAGGAUGAAGGAGCUGGAGCGGCAGCAGAAGGAGAUCUAUCAAGUUCAAAAGAAAUACUAUGGGCUGGAGACGAAGUGGGGCGACAUCGAGCAGUGGAUGGAAGACAGUGAGCGCUACUCCCGCAGAUCCAGAAGGAGCGUGUCGGCUUCCGACGAGGACGAGCGCCUGUCUGUGGGCAGCCGCGGGAGCCUGAGGGUCCGUGCCCGGGCGACUGAGUCCGCGUGGACAAAUGGUUAUGAUGGAGACUUGUAUGGAUCGCAGUCCCUGAGCAGAAGAUCUGGCAGGAGUUGCAGCUACAGCGGUGACGGCAGGCCCUCCACUUUGUCAGCAUCCAGAGAGGAGAAGCUGCCCUCCUGUCUGUACAGCGCUGCCGGGCCGUCGUCGGGGAGUUACCGGAGCCACUUCACCUUAGAGUCACUUUCUAAACACCAGGCACCUGCGUGGGACGGCAGCAGCCUCGGCGGGGUUCGGCGGGGGAGCGCCUGCGGCGUGCAGGCUCCCUCGGAGCACAGCGGCUACCUCAGCUCCAGCUCCCGCGCCUCCUCCAGAGCCAGCUCGGCGCGGGCCAGCCCGGUGGUUGAAGAGAGACCAGAAAAAGACUUCACUGAGAAGGGGCCCCGCAACCUGCCCGGCCUGUCUGCAGCCACCCUGGCCUCGCUGGGCGGCACCUCCGCUCGGAGGGGAAGCGGGGACACCUCCGUCUCCGUGGACACCGAGGCGUCCAUGAGGGAGAUCAAGGAACUCCAUGAGCUCAAGGACCAGAUUCAGGACGUGGAAGGCAAAUACAUGCAGGGGCUGAAGGAGAUGAAGGACUCCUUGGCGGAGGUCGAGGAGAAGUAUAAGAAAGCCAUGGUUUCCAACGCCCAGCUGGACAACGAGAAGACGAACUACAUGUACCAGGUGGACACCCUGAAGGACACGCUGCUGGGGCUGGAGGAGCAGCUGGCCGAGUGUCGGCGGCAGUACGAGGAGAAGAGCAAAGAGUUCGAGCGGGAGAAACACGCCCACGGGCUGCUGCGCUUUCAGCUGGCGGAGAUGAAGGCCGCCCUGCAGCAGAGAGAGGAGCUGCUCCAGGAAAUCCGGCAGCUGCAGCAGAAACAGGCCAGCUAUGUCAGGGAGAUCUCUGACCUCCAGGAAACGAUAGAGUGGAAGGACAGAAAGAUAGGGGCCUUAGAGAGGCAGAAGGAGUUCUUUGACUCCAUCAGGAGUGAGCGAGAGGACCUCAGAGAAGAAGUAGGCCUGCUGAAAGAGGCGCUGAAGAAACAUGGGAUCAUCCUGAAUUCGGAAGUGGCUGCCAAUGGGGAGACGCCAGACACUCUGACGAGCCCUAGACACCAAGGUCCCACCAGGACGACAGGGGAAGAGCCGAACGCCCUCCAGGCAGCUGGGGACGGGCCCCUAGGAAAAGCCACUGAAGUGGAGGUGAAAACUGUGGACAGUGUGGGGCACAGAGAGAUCUCGCAGAGCGCUGGGCGAGAGCAGCACCGGGAGGACCCCGUAGAGGACGGUGCGGACACGGAGGUCUUACCUCCUGGGGGCCGCGCCGAGGACCAGAGACCCUCUGACGACAGUGCCCUCUCCCUAGCAACAGUAGCAAAUGCCACAGACGAGGACCAGGUUCAAAGCCAAGUUCUAGCAAACAUGUCCGUCCUUGAACACGCAGAACGGGGUGUGUCCAGUGAGGUCACAAGCGCCCCGGAUGCUGGGGCCGGGGCUUCGGAGUGUUUGAGGGAACUAGAUGGCGACCUGCUGGGUCCCGAGGCAGAGCGAGGCGGCGGGGGUGCCUCGGAUCCCCUAAACCAAAGUAGAGAAUCCGCAGAAACGCAGGAACGAGAAAAGCAAGGUUGUGGAACCAGUUUGGGAGAGGCUAGCCCAGAACCACACCAGGAAUCUGCUCCCUCGCAAAUCUCCGAGGUUGAUCAGGCGAGCGGCUCCCAGAGCUCAGCGCAGGCAGGACCGACCGGGUCGGGGGGGCCAGAGGGCACGGUGGCCUCCAGGCCUCCCAGGGGUGGUGUUGACACCGGGAGUCAGGAUGACAGAAGUGUGGCAGACGUCCCCAGAGAGGUGGGUGCCAGUGUGGGCUGUGGUUCAGAGACAGAGCUCACCAACCAGGAGGCAGCAGAGCCCGGGGCAGCCCCAGCGCAGAGCCCCGCACCGGGGGUGUGCGGGGAGGAAGGAGAGGCGGAGGGGGCCGGGGUCACGAAUGAGAGACCCACCCAGACUGAAGUCCAGACCGGCCCCUCUUCUGUGGUGGCCACGCACCAUGUGCAGGAAGCAACAGGCCCACGCACAGCAGAUGCCAAGGGCAAACCCCUAGAUGCGAAAGAGCCCGGCGAGGACAGCAAUGACCUGCAGGGAGAGGGACUGGAUUCCCCUCAGAAGAAGACAAAGAACAAGAAGAAGAAAAACAAGAAGAGGAAGUCAGCGGGACCAGCAGAGACCAGUAAGGAUGCUAAGGAAGAGUUACCGCCCCAGGGCCCAGGCCUGAGCGAGGUUAAGGAGGAAGAGCCGGAGAGAUUCGCUGACGAGAGACCAGGGGUGGGGACGCCAGAAGAGGCCCCUGCUGGUCCCAGACGGAACUCGAACUCGGUGGCGGGGAGCAGCAAGAACCUGGACGUUCUGGAAAGUGCUGCCGUGGAGGUGGAUGGGAAACGUAACCCAGGGGGUGGCGAUACAGACGCGGAGCUGGGGAGAGCAGGCACCGACGGAGAGCCAGCACAGCCGGACGGCGACGCCGUUCGGGCCUCGGGCUCCCGAGCAGGUGCAGGAGGGUCAGAGGAAGGAGGAGGAACGAACGGCGACGGCGCCGCUCCAUGCUGGCCCCCUGGGGACGAGGGUGUGCCCCACAGCACCCUGCCUGGAGGCCAGCGUCCCUCCGGGGUUGUCAACGGUGAGAAUCAGGGCGUCAGGGAGGCUUCCGAGAGCCUUAGUCCAGAAAGUGACGGGGUGGCACCCAGAGAAGAGGCGGGGGGCCAGAGUGAGAAGGACAAAAGCAAAGAAGACUGCACCUUGUCAUAGGUGGGGCUUGCUUGUCAGGCAGAGGGGGUCGGGGACCGCCCGUGACAGCCCCCGAGCCGCCCUUGACGUGGUCUAGACACACAAAGACAGUCAACCGCCACGUCAGCUGGUACUUUGAGUGACAGACUGUUACCUGUAGAUGUGUAUUUCAUUAAGGCUGGCACUCCACUCAGAGGCAGAGACACAUGUAACGGUGUGAGCUCUGACCGGGCGCAUUCCGCUGGUCGGGCAGGAGCGCACGCUGUUUACAGCUCACGCUCACUGUCCGCCUCUGCCCCUGGCUGCCCCGGACGUGGGUGUUCUUGACCAAACGUGUGGGCCUCUCACUGAAAUGACCAAACAGCAUUCUGAGAUUCCCAUGCCCGGGGUAGAGUCGGUAUUUAAAUUCAUUUGUCCCCCUCCAACACAUGUGCUUUCUUGUUUGCUUUGGUAUGGACGUUAUAACCUGUGUGGUGUUUCACUUAACAACGAGGCCAGCAGCCAGGCCGCGUGCAGGUCACUGCGGGAGCCGUUAUUUUAGGGGCGAUGCACACCCGGAAGCCCUGGGGGCUCCCCUCCCAUAAAGACCGUUUCCAGCUCCUUGCACCUGAGUUCAUGACACGUGACCUCCCGCCACACCGAUCACGUACCAAAGUCAUUUCAUACAAAGACUUUUUAAACAUUUUUUUCUGGAAGAGACGAAUGUUGCAAUUCCAUUUCCUAGAGUGUUAUAGGGUGGGGAGGAUCACUUCUAAAGUUUAGUUUUUUAACUUUAAAAUUACUUCUCUGUCUAAUCACUAUUCAGAAGAGCACGGGAAGUGGGGGCUUAUUGUUACGCAGUGCGAGCCGCCAGGUAAACUACAACAGGGGGUCCUGAAUUGUUCAGGCACUUUGGUAUUUUGGUAUAAAUGUUUGCAUUUGUUGUUUGCCCAUUAUAUUGGAAAAUUCUUGUUUUGAUCUUCCUGAACAAAAUUUGCAUUGUCUACAUAAAGAAGCAUUUUUUAAAAAAUAAUUGUAAAGUGAAAUUUAAAAAUAAUUGUAACACAGUAAAAGCACAAGAGAACGAGCGUUAUGAAUGCUGUUGUCACUUGUGAGAGUCUGUGAACUACGUCGCUGUUACAAGAUGCGCCUGAGUGCAGGAAGGACCAACACCUCGGCAGCACUCGAGGCGACUGCAAUAAAGACGUUCCCGAGUGUCGCAA